CAGUCAGCUAGGACCUUCUGUGGCUGUCCGUGUGUUACUUCUAGCGCCGGUGGGCUAAUAUUAGACGCGGCCAAACAGCCCAACUUCAGUCGGCUGCUCGCACUCAGCACAAUCGGUUCGGUUCUCGUGAGUUACUUGGCUGCCGGGAAACGAGUGAGAAAGUGAAGAAAUUUGGUGGUUGACUACUACCUAGAACCUAAUGGUCAACUAAUUUCUUGCAACGGCAGUAAUAAUAAUAGAUAAUAAUUGGUUAGUUUUUUUUCUCGAGACUCGGUAUAAAUCAAGUAGCGAAUCACAUUCGGCGGUUGAAUAAGAGCUCCGGCGUUGGAUUGCGUGAUUUUGAGUAUUUUUUUUUCAAGACACUUGAAAUCCAUCAACGAGAGCAAGAAAAAGUGCAGCCUUCUUUUUUUUUCAUAAUUGUGCCCGCGAAGUGAAUUGUUACACGUGACGAUCAAAAAACAGCACCCCGAAUUUGUGAUCGAGUUCUCCGGCCGACCUUCUGUUCGUUCACUGGCGUGCGGUUUGAACAAGUGCUCCAGGGCGUGUGAAAUUCCACUAACAAUGAGACGUAGCACUACGAUGCCAAUUAUCGAAUGCUAGGCUGGUCUGUCGAUACGACUGUGUCAACUGGUGCUGCUAGGAAUUUCUUCCGUCGGCAACCGAAGGCAACAAGUCUGUCGGAAAGUGAGUUUUCCGCGAAUUCCGGGCAGCAGCAAAGCGGACUGCAUUCACCUGUUGUUUUUUGUAUGAUCUGCUACAGAAUUUCAAGCAAAACAAUCGACGCAUCAUAAGCAAAACAGUAUGGAUGUUGUGGAGAGUAGCAAAUUGAGCGAUGGAAUUUCCUCGCCUCUGUGGAUGUUUUGGAAACGCCGCCGGUACAUCGUGGUGUUCAUGGCCUUCUUCGGUUUUUUCAAUGUGUACGCACUACGAGUGAAUCUCAGUGUGGCCAUCGUGGCCAUGACAGAAAAACGAGAAGUCGACUAUGGGAAUGGCACAAUUGGAACGGAACAAUAUUUCGAUUGGAGCUCCCAGAUGCAGGGAUAUGUGCUGAGUUCAUUCUUCUAUGGUUACAUACUUACACCAUUCCUCGGCGGGUUCAUCUCUAACCGAUUUGGUGGAAACUAUGUUUUUGGCGUAGGAAUCGGAGCGACCGCGGUGCUGACGAUUUUAACACCUCUGGCGGCGAAAUUCGGGGUCGGGAUGUUAAUUGCAGUUCGCAUCAUUGAAGGGGUUUUCGAAGGUGUCACAUUCCCGUGUAUCCACGCCGUUUGGUCCAGAUGGGCACCGCCGAGUGAACGAUCCCGAAUGGCGUCGAUUGCGUUCGCAGGGAACUACGCCGGAACCGUGGUUUCGAUGCCCUUGAGCGGUGUCUUUGCCAAAGAAUUCGGUUGGGAAAGCGUUUUCUAUAUUUUCGGCGCGAUUGGAUGCAUCUGGGUUUUGAUAUGGACCUUCAUAAUCAAAACAUCCCCGGACGUUGAUCCAUGGAUUACACCCAAGGAAAAAGAGUUCAUACUGACCAGUCUGGGUAGGGUGGAAGGAGCGUCGGACAAAGUAAAGCAUCCUUGGAAGGGAAUCGCAACAUCACUGGCCGUUUGGGCCCUGGUGGCGUCCCAUUUCUCCGAAAACUGGGGUUUCUAUACGCUACUCACACAACUGCCAACCUUUUUGAAAGACACCAUGCACUUUGAACUUCAGAAAACCGGCUUUGUGUCGGCUAUUCCCUAUCUAGUAAUGGGAACUUUCUUAUUUGUUGCCGGAUAUUUGGCCGAUACUUGCCAGCUUAGAGGAUGGCUAACAACAACUCAGGUCCGCCGGUACUUCAACUGCGGUGCUUUCCUUGGCCAAACGGUAUUCAUGAUUGUCGGAGCUUUCAUCCUAAAACCAGGUCCAACGAUAACGUGCAUCACAAUCGCUGUCGGAUUGGGUGCUUUCGCCUGGUCUGGUUUCGCCGUCAAUCAUCUGGAUCUGUCACCAAAGAGCGCCGGUGUGUUGAUGGGUAUUUCGAAUACGUUUGCCACCAUUCCCGGCAUUGUGAGCCCGAUCAUAACCGGUCACAUCACUACGAACCACUCGGACGAUGAAUGGCGGGUGGUGUUUUAUAUAGCGGCAGGAGUUUACCUGGUCGGAUGUGUCAUCUACUGGCUGUACGCCUCGGGAGAAUUGCAACCGUGGUCGAUUGAGGCGCAGGAAUUGCUAUCCAAGAAGCAUGCGAACGGCGAGAGGACCGACAAUGGCGGCUACGUUAACAAACUUAAAAUUGAAGACGAAAAGUGAUUGAUGUUUAUCAUAUUUGCUAGAUGUGUAGGCUCGAGAUUAACACCGUAGGUUCAUGUUUAAUGUGAAUGUUUACUGUAGAUGUUGUAGA